AUGUCCAAAGUUGUUAUUCUCGGUGCUGGUGUGAGCGGCCUGACAUCGGCUGUCGCCUUGUUGCAAGCUGGCUAUAAGGAUGUCACCGUUAUUGGUCAAUACAUCCCUGGUGAUAUGACUACAGAAUAUACUUCACCAUGGGCUGGUGCUUCUGUUCUUAGCUUUGCCUCGGCUAUGGAUAAGCGUCUUAUCGAAAUUGAUACUGAUACUCACAAGGUGUUCAAGUACCUUGCUAACAAUGUUCCCGAAUCGAGUGUCCAACAUUGCCCAGGAAUCCAAUUCUAUGAUACUGAUGAUGAGCCUAAUGAAGAUAACACUUGGGUGCGCCAACUCUAUUCCAACUUUGAAAUCAUUCCCAAGUCCAGUCUCCCUGCUGGUGCCAAGUCGGGCUAUACCUUUGAUUCAUAUACGUUAAGCGUUCCCAAGUACCUCAAGUGGCUCGUGGGACGAAUCACAUCUCUCGGUGGUCGCGUAUUACGUGAUCAUCGCGUGGGAAGUCUUCAAGAAGUGGUGGAUCGCUAUCAAUGUGAUAUCGUAAUCAACUGCACUGGCCUUGGUGCAGCUCAACUCAAUGAUGUUCGUGACAGCAACAUGCACACCAUUCGUGGUCAAACUGUGCUUGUGGAUGCACCUCAUAUCAAGAAGCAAUACUAUCGUGAUGCUGGUGAUGUGAUGGCAUACAUUAUCCCUCGUGGUGAUGGUACUGUCAUUUGUGGUGGUACAUACGACAAGACCAACAAGGAUCUUAAUGCUGAUCCAGCUAUUGCCAAGGGUAUCUUGGAACGCUGCUAUGACUUGUGUCCUGAGGUUGCAUACAACAAGGGCGUCGAAGGCUACAAGAUCAUUUCCCACAAUGUCGGUUUUAGACCUGGUCGUCAUGGUGGUAUUCGUCUCGAAAGAGAAACUCGAGUGGAUGCUGUUCGUGGAAAAAAGUAUACUGUGGUUCACAACUAUGGUCAUUCUUCCCAUGGCUAUCAAUCGAGCUGGGGCUCUGCUGAGCGUAUAGUAAAACUCGUAAAGAUGGAUACAUUGAUGGCCAAGUUAUAA